AUCUGGGUUCUAGCCGCCGACCUCGGACCCCCGCCCGCUCAUCCUGAGGCACCCAGAUGUGAGGACGACUAACCCCGCUUGGAGAAGGAAUCCCUCUCAGCGUACCCUUUACCCGGUAGCCGCCACUGGUUAUCUCCCGUCGAGCGCCGCACGUUUCCCUGAACCUAUCACACACCGCGCCCUGACGCCAAGGGCUGGGUACUAUGGGAAGAGGCAGAACCUUCUCCCUCCAUUCCCUGGAGUCCGCACAGAAUUCACGCCUGCCGGGCCCGACUUACCCGGGUCUCAGGGAGAAGAAAAUGGCGGCGGCCAUGCUGUUGCUGGUGGUUCCUCCUUGGCCGACAGCCCCGGGACUCCUCAGGAACUGUUGGGAGCGACUGCGGCGGAAACUUCAGCAGAACCGGCCAGGCUUUCCCAGUCUUCCGUGGGGACCAGCAUUAGCAGUCCAAGGUCCAGCUACAAUUACAGAACCAGCAAAUGAUAAUAAUGGAAGUAAGGAGAUUUCCAACCUUUUGGAUAGUAUCUUUUGGAUGGCUGCUCCCAAAAACAGACGCAGCAUUGAAGUUAACCGGUGUAGGAGAAGACACCCUCAGAAGCUCAUUAAAGUUAAGAACAUAGAUGUUUGUCCUGAAUGUGGUCACCUGAAACAGAAACAUGUCCUUUGUGGCUACUGCUAUGAGAAGGUGUGCAAGGAGACUGCAGAAAUCAGAAGACAGAUAGGGAAAACAGAAGGGGGCCCUUUUAAGGCUCCUACGGUAGAGACCGUGGUGCUGUAUGUGGGAGAGACACCAUCUGAACAAGAUCAGGGCAAGAGGAUCAUUGAACAAGCCAGGAAGCUACCGUCCUGGUUCACCCAGAAUUGACACCAGAGAUAUUUAAAGAUGAUAACUUAACAUAAAACAUUUCUCCUGAAAGAGAGGAAGAAUCUUUGUUUUUAAUAUUUUGUGCUUGUUUUAAAAAUCAGCAAUAUAGCUUAAAACAGUCUUCAUGAGUAGUUAGUUUUGUGUGGAUAAUUUGAAGAAUGUAUCAGGAGUAAAGUCUGAAAAUGUUUGUUUAUGCAAAGGCAAUGUAUUUAUAUGUCUGUUUCUAUUAUAAGUUUUUAAGUAAACUAAAUUUUCAAGGCCAGAACAAUAAAACUAAUUUAAAAUUCAAAAAAAAAAUUUUACAUCAAUUUUUUGUCUGCUUGAGCUCAUAGUGCUAACUCUAUUAAAAUGCAUUGACCUACAGUGUUCCUUCAAUACUUUUUUCCUUCCAUAAGUUCUAAUGUAUUUAAAUGUAGUAAAAAAAUUACAGUGAUAACAUUGGUCAAAAUUAAAAUUAAUCAAGAGCACACCAGAAAAACUUGUAUAUUUUCAUAGUAGUUAAUAAUUUAUUUAAUUUAAACCAAUAAUUUAAAAUUUUAAAUUUUAACUUUGUAAUGAUUUUAUGAAAGGAAGUAAUUAGGGACAAAUGGACAUUUCUCUUAAAACUUCUGUAGAUUUUGUCAAUGAUUUUUUUCCCUUUCAAUUUUUUAUGCUGAAAUAUUUAAAAGUAAUUUUAGACAUUUCUAAAUCUCUUUUCUUACAAAGUCAAAAUGAUCUAAUUCUCAAUUCCCAUUCAAAUUUCUCCAGUUGUACCAAAAAUGACUGGUACAGGUAGUCUGUCCAAAGUAGGACGCAAUCACAGACCACACUUCAAAUCUUUGAAUCUGAUUGAUGACUAUUUUUUUUUUUUAAAUAGAUGUUAUGCUUUAGAGUAGUUUUAGGUUCAUGACAAAACUGGGCAGAAAGUAGAGUUACCAUAUAGGCCCUGCCCCUCCCCACACACAAUCUCCCCAAUUAUCAACAUCCCACACCAGAGUAGUUUUUUUUUUAAAAAAUUUUAUUUUGGUAAAAAUGUAUAUAACAUAAAAUUUGCCAUUUUAACAUGUAUUUUUCU